AUGACUCCUUCUCCAUAGUUCCAGAAGUUCAAGACCAUCAGCGUUAUCAUAUCAAGCUGCGUGGCUUCGAGCUUCACAAUGAAGAAAGUAACACCGUAGGUUUCCCGAAGGCCUACAAGGAAUUUAUCUGUCAUGGUGAGUUGGACAUCUGGAGGAAUGUAACCUCUUCCCAGACAGGUCCAAUCUUUCCGAAUGGAGGAUUCCUGUUCUGGUUUUGGCGAAUCCAACCCUUUCUUUCUGAUUCGAUAAUCUAUGAUUCUAUUACUUGUGGCAGAUAUCACUACACAUAUCGUGAUAAGUAUUGCCAAAGCAAAUACGUCUGGACCCAUGUUGGCGAGGAUCGAACAGUAGAGGUCGUUUCUUGCCAUGGCUGGCGAUGGCACACAGGUGGACAUAUCUUGGAACGCCAACAUCCAGUCUGGAACGCCGAUCAGCGAAACGGGAAUAUAGGUGGAGAGAGACAUCGACGAAUCAAAUACUCUCUCUGGGAAGACCAAUACCCUUCCUUCCAGAUUCAUCAGGUAUUCAAGAUCAGAAAUCAACCUAUCCAACAGGGCUGCAACUCCUGGCGAUGUCAGACUGGACGUUGCGAAUAUGAUCGAUCUAGUCGUGACAACAGCUUCCAAAGGAGCUGCAGCUGACUCCAGAGCUUUAUUUUCGGCAAAUGACAAUCCAUCAAUAACAAUCGGGUAGUCCUUGAAGAGUACUUUGCUUGAUGCUGCCCUGAUGUAGCCUUUAGGACUGUUCUGUUGA